UCCCGUGUGUCAGAGGACAUCAGGAAGAUCCAGGAGGCACAGGCCAUGGCUGAGUCCAAGCAUCUCCAGGAGAUUGACAAGUUAAAGGCUGCUCAGUCCCGCAUGGCAGAGGACAUGAAGAAGAUCGUGAAGGAGCGUGACCAGGCCAAGGCUGAGUCCCAGGAUCUCCGUGAGGAGAUUGUCAGGAUAAAGGCGACACUAUCCUUCAUGGAAGAAGACAUUAUGAGGAUUAGGGAGACCCUUGCAUCGAUGAAGAAGAUGGAGAAGGACAUCACAAAGCUGAAGGAGGAUAUAGCCAAGUGGAAAGAGGAGAUCAGCAAGCAGAUCACUCAGCAAAUGGAGUCAGUUCUGAAGGAGACAAAGAGUGAGCUGAUGAAGAUGGAGGAGCAGCAGAUGAUGAGGAAUUCCAUGCUGGAACAGAUGGUGACUGAGAUGGCCAACCAGUUGAAUGCUCAGGACCAGCAGCUGAUGCAGCACAUGGAAGACUCAUUCAGCAAGAUUCAAAUGGAGUACAAGAAGUUCAGCUACAUCUCAGAGAGCAUCCAGGCAGACUGUCAGACGAAGCAGAAAGCUAUUGAGAUGCUGUUCCAGUCCGUGGAGAAGCUGAAGAAGGAAAAAGUAGAUGAGCAGAACAUGUUGAUGGCAAUGGACACGAAAGCAGACAAAGAUGCCUUGGGCAGCAAAGUGGAUUGCACCCAAUUCGAGGCGGGCAUGGAGGGGCUGGAGGAGAGGCUGCGGAAGAUGCAGGGCCAGAUGUCAGGGCAGAAGCAGCACUGCAACGAGCUGCAGCAGAAGAUCAAGGACAUGAUAGAAAACAAGCUGGAUCGCCAGGAGCUGAAGUUUUUCCGAAACCGGCUAGAGGACACCUGGAAGAGGAACAUGGAGGAACUUGAGAACCGGAUCUUGGGUGACAGCGCGGCUGGCACGAGGAAGCAGCUGCCAGUCCCUUUCACGUGCCUGUCCUGUGACCGCCCGAUCAAAAUGCAGGUUCCUGGCCCGUAUCCUGAGACACUCCCAUAUUUCCAGCCGAUGCCCCCCAGCAAGGACACAGAGCAGAGCCAAAGGAGAGCAGUGAUCAAUGGCAGAGUCCCCCGAGUGUCACCAAGCACCGUGAAGCCCCAGAGCGGCAGAAGCCCCGGGCAGAGCAUCCAGGCUUCCCUCCGGAACAAUUUGCAGCUGAAGCGCCUUGUGGUACUCCCCAGCAUGGUAGGGAAGGCACAGACACAGCAGGCAUGAUUGAGGCUGGGAGGGUGAGGCUGAGUAUCCGGGGGCAGUCUGUGCCUUCAGUGGCCCAGG